CUUGCAAACCAACUCUUCCAGCCAAAAGAAUUUUGACAAUCAAACCACAAACAAAGAGAACAAACAUGUGUGCAGAAGAAAACUAUUUUGUUUUGGAUCCGCGAGGAGCCACCGCCUCGGAUCUGAUACGUCUUCUCUUCUCCUCAGAUCUAAGGAAUAGAAGGUUCAUCCACUCUUCUGAAGAUAGGCUUGAAGAUAAUGAUCCUUGCAAGUUCCGGAGACGAUGGAUCAUCUUUGUAUCCAUCGUGAUGCAGAAACUCAUGCUUCUCCUAAGGAAACCUCUCUAUUUUUUUGGAUUUUCUCUUGGUUUUUGGUUCAACCUUCUUUAUAUCAAUGGUGGCUUCUUCAUGUUUCUCCCCAAUCUUUUCAAAGGAAAGAUUAUUUGGCCAGAAGAAACAUCGGCGACAUUUGCAUCUCUAAACGGAAACCUAGACGAGCGAGUAGAGUUAGACGGGAGAAUAGAGAGAGGAAGUAAAAGAUACAAAGCAAUGUUGGCAGCCAUGGCUUCUAAGCUUUCUUACGAGAACAUUAACUUUGUCAGCUCUGUCCUUCACAACCAUUGGAAGAUGGACUUAUUGGGUUUCUACAGCUGUUGGAAUGGUUACCAGGAACAGAGGUCAACGGAGGUGAUUGUCAUAAAGGACGCAAGCACAGAUCCGAACCUCAUCGUGGUCAGUUUCAGAGGCACCGAUCCUUUCGACGCAUACGAUUGGUGUACCGACUUGGAUCUCUCAUGGUACGAAAUUAAGAAUGUGGGAAAAAUCCAUGGAGGAUUCAUGAAAGCUUUAGGACUUCAAAAAGAAGGAUUGCCUAGAGAAGUGAACUUUGACCAAACCCAAAAAGAAACAACUCAAUAUGCAUACUAUACUAUUAAGAGUCACUUAAAAGAGAUUCUCGAUCAAAAUCCGAAAUCCAAAUUUAUUCUGACUGGACAUAGCCUUGGUGGAGCCUUAGCGAUCUUAUUUACGGGAGUGUUGAUGAUGCAUGAGGAAGAGCAAAUGCUAGACAAGCUCGAAGGUGUUUACACAUUUGGGCAGCCACGCGUAGGAGACGAGGAGUUUGGAAAGUUCAUGAAAAGUUCGUUGAAGAAGUAUGAGGUCAACUACGAAAGAUACGUUUAUUGCAACGACAUGGUUCCUAGGUUACCUUUUGACGACGAGACACUUAUGUUCAAACACUUUGGGGCAUGCCGUUACUAUGACAGUUUCUAUAGGGGAAAGGUUGAAGAAGAGGAACCAAACAAAAACUACUUCAGUAUCUUGUGGGCCAUACCAAAGAUUAUGAAUUCAGUGUGGGAGAUGAUAAGGAGUUUCAUCAUACCUUAUUGGAAAGGUGAAGAAUACAGAGAAGGAUGGUUCUUGAAGUUUUAUAGGGUUCUCGGAUUGUUAGUUCCGGGAUUAUCUGCUCACGCUCCUAAUGAGUACGUCAAUGUUACGCUUUUGGGAAACUUAUUUGACUCGCACCUUGACUAGAAUUUGGUGUGUGCAGUGUGCAUCGUUUCCAAAUUAUUUGGAUAAUUACUUUUUGUUCAACUUUGAAUAAAUGAUGAUAAUGAAGGUACAAAAGGUACACCAUUCACAAAUGCAAAGCAAAUUUUAAGCAAAUUUUACGACUCGGCAAACCCAGAAAUUCCAAGGAGUUUGGAUAUUCUAAUGCAUAUAAUGUAACCUUUCCUGGCUGGUUGAAAUCUGUGUUGUCAAAGCUAUCUGAAUUUAGAGACUUUUUGUAUACUGUGUCUACUUUGAAUAUUACGCAUGCGUUAAU